AUGACACAGAGAACUAACCUUGAGUUCUGCUCAGACCUGGAUAAAGAUCUUCCCUUCUCUCAACCUGUGACUUUUGCCCAUCUUCCCUGGGAACGAUGUCUAGCCGCCGACCACGAACGUCCCCUAGAUAUCGCCAUUCUCGGCUUCCCAUAUGACACCAGCACAUCAUAUCGACCCGGCGCACGUUUUGGCCCCCGAGGCAUCCGCGCCGGCUCCUCUCGCGAGAAAAAAGGACGCAGCUAUAAUCCAGUUUGGGGAAUUGAUCCAUUUGAGGAGGGUCUGAGCAUUGUGGACUGUGGCGAUAUUCCCCUCACACCUUUCGAUGCAGCUCAUGCUUUCAAGCAGAUGGAACAAGGUUACCGCCAGGUCCUUCACCAUCAGACUAAUACAUCGGGUGGGUGGUCGCAUCCACGAAUUAUCAGCUUGGGCGGUGAUCACUCGAUAGUGCUGCCGAUUUUGCGCUCUUUGAAGACUGUUUAUGGUCCCAUCUCGGUUAUUCAUCUCGACUCGCAUCUUGAUACUUGGGAUCCGUAUGAGGGGUAUACAGGUAUCUCGUCCGAGCAGUCGGCCAUCACUCAUGGAACUUUCUUCUGGCAUGCGAGUAGGGAGGGAUGUGUCAAUAAAGGAGCAAGUGUUCACGGAGGAUUGCGCACCAAAUUGUUUGGACUCAAAGACUAUGAGAUCGACAAUGAUGUUGUUGGGUUCCAUCGUAUUGAGGCUCGUGAGAUCGAUGAUAUUGGAGUGGAUGGAAUUGUUAAACGGACGCUAGAUGUUGUUGGAAACAACCCGGUAUAUCUUUCUAUUGACAUUGACGUUUUGGACCCGAGUAUUGCGCCUGCGACUGGAACUCCUGAGUCUGGAGGCUGGACGACUCGUGAGCUCAAGCGAUACAUCAAGGGCCUCGAAGGGUUGAAUCUGGUUGGCGCCGAUGUUGUCGAAGUCAGUCCGCCAUAUGACUCGGCCGCGGAAACGACUUCAGUGGCAGCAGCUGAUUUGAUUAUUGAUAUCCUGGCUGCGAUGGCUAAGAAGAUGUCUCCUGAUUUUGAAAGACAAGGAGACAGUGGAAAGGAUGAGCUGUGA